CCGGCGUCCAACAACGACCCUCUCCAUUUCAGCAGUUCCAGCGGACCACUGCUGACAGAGUGUCCUCCUCUGGAAAACACUGCCGAGAAUAGCAAGAAGAGGAAGAGAGCCAGCUUGCCUCCAGAAGGGAUCUGUAACAUGACAAUGGACUUCCAAUGGAUCGAUGACGAUGCCCAUGUCGGACCCCAACGCCUGGGCAACAGCCAUGAACAACCUGGGGAUGCCUCCCAUCGGGCUCACUGGACAGCAACUCAUGCCAGAUUUUGAUCCCAGCCUUGGCAUGAUGGCUGGAAUUACUCCCCUGAAUCCCAUGAUGCCCGGCCUCGGGAUUAUGCCCACACUCCUCUCCCAGGAGCUGCCAGUUGUCAAGGAGAUCAUCCACUGCAAGACCUGCACCCUGUUCCCCCCCAACCCCAACCUUCCCCCUCCAGCCACAAGAGACCGCCCUCCGGGUUGUAAGACGGUGUUUGUUGGCGGUCUGCCAGAGAACUCCACAGAGCAGCUCAUCGUGGAGGUUUUCGGGCAGUGUGGUGAAAUCAUCGCCAUCCGCAAAAGCAAGAAAAACUUCUGCCAUAUCAGAUUUGCCGAAGUGUUUACAGUGGACAAGGCUCUCUUCCUAUCGGGUUACCGUAUUCGUUUGGGCUCCAGCACUGACAAAAAAGACUCCGGCCGUCUCCACGUGGACUUCGCCCAGGCCAGAGACGACCUGUAUGAGUGGGAGUGUCACCAGCGCAUGUUGGCCAGAGAGGACCGCCACCGGCGCAAGAUAGCGGAGGAUCUCCUCCGGCCGCCCUCCCCUCCUCCCAUCGUUCACUUCUCAGAGCACGAGUGCAGCCAGCUGGGAGACAAGAUCAAAGACGACGGCAAGUUUCCUGAAGCCGUGCGUGUGCUCUUGACCUGGUUGGAACGAGGUGAAGUCAACCGCAGGAACGCCAACAACUUCUACUCCAUGAUCCAGUCGUCCAACGGCCACAUCCGCCGGCUGACGGGCGAGAAGAGUCAGCACGAGAAGGAGGUGGAAGAGGCCAAAGACAAGUUUAAGACCGCUCUGUCCGGCAUACUUGGUCAAUUUGAACAGAUUGUGUCUGUAUUCCAAGCCGCGUCCAAACAAAAGGCAUGGGACCAUUUCACCAAAGCGCAGCGCAAGAACCUCGACAUGUGGCGCAAACAAGCAGAGGAGAUUAGAAACAUGCACAACGAGCAGCUGAUGGGUAUCAGACGAGAGGAGGAGAUGGAGAUGUCGGACGAUGACAUGGAGGAUUCCCCUAACAGCAAGGACUCUGAGGACUCAGGUGUUUCCCAAGCAGAAGCCUUAAAGGAGGAGAACGACUCUCUGCGUUGCCAGUUGGACGCCUACAGGAACGAGGUGGAGCUGCUCAAACAGGAACAAGGCAAGAACCAACCGAUCAUCAGCGAGGAGGACAACACACACUCUCAGCAGCUCAGCUUCCUGCAGCAGGCUCUGCAAGGCAUGCAGAAGCAACUGUUAAAAAUGAGGGAAGAAUUAAAAGAGAGGGAGUCAGAGCUGGAGAAGAGUUUGGAGGACAAACAGCAGCUGAGCAACCAAGUCCUGAACCUGAAGGAAGGACUCCAGAACCUGCACAACACCAACAUCACGCAGCUGGAGAAGUCACAGCCAGAUGACAGAGGCAGCGAGGAGAGCGCUAAUCAAACCAGUGAAGCCACAGUAUCAACAGUGGUGUCCUGCAGUCAGGAGAAGGAAGGUCCUACAGAGAAGAGUCCACCAAGUCCUGUACACUCCGAGAGGGAAGCUCUGCUAGUUGGGAUCAUUUCGACGUUCCUGCACGUCCACCCGUUUGGAGCCAGCAUCGAGUACAUCUGCUCCUACCUGCAGCGUUUGGACACCAAGAUUAACACCAGUGAGGUGGAGGCUCUUCUUUCUCGGCUGCCUUGCACCUUCAAACAGGAGCUGACCGGUGUCGGGGCGAGUCUGGAGAAACGCUGGAACUUCUGCGGCUUCCAGGGCAUCAAGAGCACAUAAACUCUGUCGCUAACGCUUCUGGGAGGUGGAAGAGACAACAUGGGGGACACUGUCGAAAUGCGAAAAGACAAAGUUUAAAGCCCGCAAAUAUCAAAGACUGUACCUGACUGUACAAGGACUCAGAAGACUGAGCACACAUCUCAGAUCUGGAGGGAACAUAAGCAUUUCAGGGACUCUGUAAGUGGCAGAGACGUAAAAAAAAACAAAAAAAAAACCCCGCAGCAUUUCCAUAGUUACAGGAAUGAUGCAUCAAACCACAGCGGCAAAGUCUUCAUGAGCUUGAACUCUUGUCUGCAAGAAUAUUUUUAGACAUAACGACUCUCUUGGAGUCACAGAAGACAGCCAUUCAUACAUCACUGGAUUAUUAUGUAUUUAUCGCCGACAUGGGCAGAUAAUUGUGAUUUCUGAGCCUGCCGUUGGCUCUGUAUGGUGUCAGUGUGUGAGCCAGGACUACAGGGCUAACCAAGGAGGCUCAUCAGGGUCUAACUGAACACUUCACACCUCCGAGCCCUUUGGCCUCCAUCUCGUCUCUUUUUGCUGUUUCCUGGUUUGUAAAAUAGAUUAAAAAAUGGAUAUAUUUCUUCAUUUUCUGUAAAGGCUGUUAGCAGUUGCAUAGAAUCAUUUGUUGUAAUACACUGUAAAUGCUUGGAUGAUAUUUUUGAUUAUAAAAAAGACGUUUGAGUA